AUGACUUGUUCAUAUGUUGUUAUUGUCUACAGGUCUCUGCGGGUGUUGCAUAUGGUUUUGAAUUACUUGUUCAGUAUUCCAUGGAAAACUAAUAAAAGGUAUUGUCCUGUACUCAGGGAAAAUGUCAUGGUUGAGGGACUUUUAUGUAAAAACAAUGCGGCAGAAAUGUAUGGAUCUCAAUGUUCUGAAAUUGGAAGCCUGUUUUAUGAGAGUUGGAAUGGGACAUCAGAUUCAGGCCCUAUUUCAUUUGGAACGAGAUUAUUCAAUUUGAAAUUUCCUUGCAAGAAUGAAGUGAGCAAUCAUGAAUCUACACUGUUGAUGUCUUGUGUGGAUUGGAUUGCUCUCUUUCAACUUAUGUGCCAAAUUGUCACGAGGAAUAAAGAGGAAUAUGUAAGACUGGAAGCAGUUUCUAUUAUGAAUAUGAUUCUUAUGAGAACUAAUGCUUACUUGGACAGAGAGAAAUUUGGGAUGUUGCUAGUGUUUCAAAGUGUGUCGCAGCUGUUGAGGAAGGAAGCUGGUCUGUGCGUGCAAAAGCAAGCUGUGCAUCUUCUGUACCUGCUACUGAAUUGUCCAGGACUAAUGGCGAUAUUCUGUUCCACUUAUAAGGAGGAGGGGGAAAGUGCUGGGGAUGCAAAUAAUGAUGCAGCACAUGCUUCAUCUUUUCAAGGUUUCAGUGUGAUACUUGAUGGUUUGGCUGAUUGUGUAGCUUGCAGUGGAAAUGGUGCACAGGAGUUGAAACUCCGAAGAAAUGCUAUCAUCGUUCUGGCUUUCUUAGCAUCGUCCGGAAAAGCUGGCUUUGAAAUUGUCUUGGGUCAUAGGCUUCCGAAAAGGAGUGACUUUCUUACAUUGAUUUUGCACAUAUUGGCAUCAGAGAUGGACAUUGAAGCAUCAGAAUGUACUCAGCUGCCUGAAAUUUUCAAAGAAAGGACCUUGCUAAUUCGAGAGGCACUUAUCCUUCUGAAUAGACUAGCAUCAAAUCCGCAGUACUCCACUCCUGUUUUCAGAAAACUAACGAACAGCCGAGAUGUGGCCUCUUUGACCUUGGAUGUAGCUAACAGGUUAUCCCGCAAAGGCAAAUGGCUAUGGCAGUCUGACAAGUUGACUCGGCAAAUCAGAGAAUCUGAAAUUGUGGACUUAGCUCGGAGUUUCCCAGGUUUUGAACUUCUCUUCUUGGCUCACUUUGGGUUCUUGUGA